AUGCACGGCUUCAGCACCCGUGCGCACAGUAGCGCCAAGAUUGCUGCUCUUGCAGCGCUACCGGGCUCAUGCGCGCUCGACGUUCACGAGGAAACCUCGGUGUCGGCGCGCAUGAACGUUACGAGGAUGGGCAUGUCGGCCCAGAGCCUCGACGAGUAUCUUGAUGGACGUCCGGAUUAUAACGCGCGUACAUUCAAGCGGACAUGCCACACGCCCACAAGUCUAGAAAGAAAUAUUUUUCGGAAGGCUGGAGUCACAAUCCUGACAAUCGGAAAUCAAAUGAUCAAUAGGAAGACCGUCCCAGAUAAGCAUCAGUGGUUUGCUUAA